AUGUCCUUGACCAACGUCUAUCAUCUCCGGCGGGUCGCAGAUACCAGCGCAAAAGCAUGUUUCAUCUGCUACAAGCCGUCGACCAGCGUGUUGAUCACGCCAGACAACAAGGACUUCUUCUACGUGUGCCUCGCACACCUACAAGACCGCCACUUCUGCUCUCCUAUUGUCGACACCGAGGGCCAGGCUGCGCGCGCCAAAGAAGAGGCCAUGGCGCAGGAGAUUGAGAAGGUGAAAAAGGAGUACGAGGAAAAGCAGCGCCGCAAAAAGGAGCGCGAGAAGGAAUCCAAUAAGGACGACAAUAACAAAGACAAAGACACAGAGAAGGAGAAAGAGAAUGAAAAAACAGACAAGGAAAAGACCAAAGAAGCCGAUGCCACGGGGUUCAAAUCUACCGAAGAGAAGGAGAGAGAUGAUAAGAUGCGAAUCGACCGGCUACGGAACAUCGAAAUGGCCAAGAGAAACCAGGAGCGGUUCAAGAACCCGUCAUUGUUCCCUUCUGCUCCAUCUGGCGAUCUUUAG